AUGGGUGCUCACAAAAUUACGGACAUCGGGCAAGAAAUUCAAGUGGAAAAAAUAAUUACGCACGAGAAUUACAACCCUAAUAAUCUCCAGAACGACAUCGCAUUGCUUAAACUGACUGAAAGUGCGAAGAUCGACAAGGGUGUAGGACGCGUAUGCCUGCCUGACGCAAACCUGUCCCUAGUGCCGGGAAAGAAAUGCUACAUUACAGGAUGGGGAACGUUGCAAAGCGGGGGUGAACAGCCAGAUGAACUCCAAGAAGCGUCGGUACCGAUCGUUUCUCACGCACAAUGUCAGCAGGCCAACGGAGAAAGCAUUCAUGAGUCCAUGAUCUGCGCUGGUCUUGACAUGGGAGGAAUCGAUGCUUGCCAAGGUGACAGUGGUGGACCUAUGGUGUGCGAAUUCAGUGGUAAAUGGUACCUCGAGGGGGCUACCAGCUGGGGGCACGGAUGCGCACUACCUAACAAGUAUGGAGUUUACGCUAAAGUGCGUUACCUGAAAAACUGGGUCACAGAAAAGAUGAAAAAAAACAAAAAUGAACUAUAAUACUAAGAUACCUACAAUACGAACGUCAGAAUAUCUAAGCUAGAAUCUGUCGUGCAUCUUGGGUUUUUUUUUUUUUUGAUCAGAUUUUUUCGUUAGUAUCUCGCACAUCUUUAGAUUUUAAUCGAUUAGAUUUUUACAUUACUAUCUGGCGCAUCUUUAGAUCGUAAUUAAUCAGAGUAUUACGUUAGUAUCUCGCGCAUCUUUAAAUUGUAAUUGAUAAGAUUGGCAAGAGUU